AUGCCUCAGUGUGCAUCCUCCAAGUCUUCAUGGUCUAAACCUCCCAGCACUGCUGCUCAGUCUGUCAUCAAGAAUUCAAAACCUCCCAGUAAGAAUACAAAGCCUCCCAGCAAGAAUCCGAAGCCUCCCAGCAGUCGAAGUUCAGUAAAGCCAAAGACGACCACUGAGAGGACGAAGCCUGAAGUCAAGCAAUCAACAUCCGAUACUUUGGAAGAAGACAAGUAUGACGAGGCUGCCAAUAAUGAUGAGGAAGAAGCUCUUGAGGAGGUCAAGGUUGAUCAGGAGGAGAGAGAAGAUAGCUUUGGGGAUGAUAACGAGGAUGCCAACAUCAAUUCAGAUGACAGUGAGGAUGGCGAUGAGAAGGGUUACAGUGAGACCAAGAAGGGAGGUAAACAGUGCAAGAUGAAGCUGAAGGGGAGGAUAGAGAAGAAACUGUCUUGCCGCCCCGGUUACACCCAAAAGCAAACAUUCAUCCUUGAUACAUGCCAUACCAUCAGCAAACUAGUUCCCUGUGCAGUUGCACUCUUUACGCCAGUGGAUGACAUCAUGUGGGCAGGCACUACCCAUUCAAACAAGGCCCUUGAGCUUGGUAUUGAGAUUGCGGAUCACCCUCAUUCCACCCCUAACGAAAAGUCGUUUGCCAUCCUUGAAAAAUUCCUGGAGCAUGAUGUAACUAUCUUCAAGGCCCUGCACUGUUUUCCCAAGCACCAAAUUGGCAUGCAGGCAAUGAUCAAAGAUCUAUGCAUAGGCUUCAAGGAAUCCUGGGGAAGCGACACAAACAAGGUCCGAAAUGACAUUCUAACACUCCUUGUUGAAGAUCCUGUGAACAAGACAAUCAUGCUCCCUAAACCCACACACAAGAUGGUGCAAGGCUUCAACCAUAUUGAUACCGGAUGUUUGCUUUGCCCACAGAUAUACCUCAAGCGAUUUGACGAGAAUGACCGGUUUAUAUUUGAUCUGGCAAAUGGUAAGGUUAAAGUGAUGGCAUCAGAGUGGCCAUCGUUUCUUUAUGACCAGACUCUUUAUGACCCACUCGACAAUGAGGCUGGCUUUAUGAAGGGAUACCUUCUUUUACGUGUAUUUUUACAUAUUUUCUGCAGUAAUGGUGACCCCAUGAAACAAGAAGGGCCAAAGCGUGGAAGCAUCGCAAAGAUCAAUGGUAUUUGCCUGGUUACUGGAUGUAUGAUUGCCUAUGCUGCAUGCCAGGGGUGUUAUGCCUUAUCUUCCAAGGAUGGGUGGACUGAACAGGAUGGAGCCUUCGACAUGACUGCAUUCUAUGACAGCAUUGUCGCUCUCUUCGAGAGUCACCCUGAUGAUGAAUGGAUGGUGGAGACACUGGCCUGGUGGAAUGAACAGAUAUUUGGCGAUGAGAAUGGACGUACAGAUGUUGACAAGACUCAAGAUGCCCACCCCCCUGAUAGUACAGUUGCGAAAAUGGCAGCUCGUCAUGAGGCAUGGGCCAAGGCACAGGCAGAAGCUGCUGCUGCUGCGACUUCGGAAGAUCUGAUGGCAACAGACUAG